AUGGGGAGAAGGGAGAUGUGGUUAAGGGUGGUGGCAGCCCUUGGCUCCGCCUCGCCCCGCCCCGCCCUUCGCCACACACCAGUGUGGAAGCUCCACGCUCGCCCUGGCGGAGGCCCCAGUCCUUCCAAUUGUCCUAUGGGGCUACCGCCCAAACCGACUUGCAGCGUCAGUUCCAGCCCUCCGGGUCCUCUGCCGAUUCCACGCCCCCUUACGUCCACCGCUGAGGAGGAUCUCCAACGGGUUCGGUGCUGCAACGACUCUCGAGGCAAAAUGUCCCCGGAAUCUAAAAAGCUGUUCAACGUCGUUAUUUUAGGCGUUGCCUUUAUGUUUAUGUUCACUGCCUUUCAAACUUGUGGGAAUGUGGCGCAAACCGUUAUCAGAAGCCUAAACAGCACAGAUUUUCAUGGCAGUGGAUAUACCAGCAUGGCAAUUAUUUAUGGAGUGUUCUCUGCUUCAAACUUGAUUACUCCUUCAAUUGUUGCCAUAGUGGGACCUCAACUAUCUAUGUUUGCUAGUGGUUUAUUUUAUAGCAUAUACAUUGCCGUUUUUAUCCAGCCUUUCACAUGGUCCUUCUACACAGCAUCUGUUUUCAUUGGGAUAGCAGCUGCUGUACUUUGGACAGCACAAGGAAAUUGCUUGACAGUAAAUUCAGAUGAAAAUACUAUUGGAAGAAACAGUGGGAUUUUCUGGGCACUUUUGCAGUCCAGCUUGUUCUUUGGAAAUCUUUACAUUUAUUAUGCUUGGCAAGGGAAAACUCAGAUAUCAGAGAAUGACCGAAGAACAGUUUUUAUUGCUCUGACCGUGAUUAGCCUUGUGGGGACAGUUCUUUUCUUUCUCAUUAGGAAACCAGACCCUCCUAAUGUAUUGGGAGAUGAUGGUUCCUCUGAUAAUGAGAGUCUGGAAGUCAACAUGUCUGUCCAGAACAACAUGACAAAGGCAGUAGAUGCAUUUAAGAAAUCUCUUAAAUUGUGUAUCACCAAAGAAAUCUUGUAUCUCAGUGUUACAACUGCCUACACGGGCCUGGAAUUAACAUUCUUCUCUGGUAUAUAUGGGACCUGUAUUGGUGCUGUAAAUCAGUUUGGCACAGAAGAAAAGAGCCUUAUUGGACUUUCAGGCAUUUUCAUCGGCAUUGGAGAAAUUUUAGGUGGAAGUCUCUUUGGCUUGUUAAGCAAGAACAGUCGUUUUGGCAGGAACCCAGUUGUGCUGUUGGGCAUUUUGGUGCAUUUUGUAGCUUUUUAUUUAAUUUUUCUUAACAUUCCCAGUGAUGCCCCAGUUGCUCCUAUUGAAGGAACUGAUAGCAAUGCUUAUAUCAAUUCAAGCAAAGAGAUUGCCUUAUUUUGCAGCUUUCUAUUGGGUCUUGGAGACAGCUGCUUUAACACUCAGCUAAUUAGCAUUUUGGGUUUCCUUUAUUCAGAAGAUAGUGCACCUGCCUUUGCAGUCUUUAAGUUUGUUCAGUCCAUCUGUGCAGCAAUGGCAUUUUUCUACAGCAACUAUCUUCUACUUCAUUGGCAACUUCUGGUCAUGGUGAUAUUUGGCUUCUUUGGAACUCUUUCCUUCUUCACUGUGGAAUGGGAAGCUGCUAAUUUUGUAGCUCGAGGAUCAGAGUACAGAAGCAUUUGAUCUCAUGUGUAAUGCAUUUUGUCCAAGAAUCCUGGGAAGGUGGGAAGAAAUUCAGGGUUACAGAAGUUUGAAUGAAGGAGCCACUGUCAACUUAAGCGGUGUAAUGGAUGGUAUUGACUAAUGUGGAAAAAAAAGACUCUCUGCCAAAGUUGGUCAAGUUUACAGAAUAUUUAAAGAAUGAAAUAAUAAGAAAGACAUUCUUUGAAUAGUUUUUCUGUUGGAUAUAUUUCUUUCUUAUUCACUCAUAUAAUUGUGUUAUAAAAUGUUAAUAUUGUUCUAUCUUUAUUUGAGAAUCCUUCUUAGCUAUUGGAAUAUGUAUCUUUUAAAGAUUCCUGCUGUGCAUGGAGUAUGUUUUAUUAUAGUAUUGAAAAAUAAUUAUAUCAUGUGAUCAUAUAUGUAAGAAUUAGUUUUAAAAUUUUAGGGACAGGCUGAAAUGGAAAUCUCAAUUUUUAUUUUUUUUUUAAACCCUUACCUUCCAUCUUAGAAUCAUGUAAGGAUGGCAAGGGGAUCUUUGUUAGAAUCCUAUGUUUUGACUGACAGGCACUGAGGUGACAGUUUGGACAGCAAGGGUUUGUGGGAGAGAACCUUUGGCUGAGGAAGAUUCUGGUGAGGCCCAGGUCUUCUACUCAGGGCUGGAAGCUAACAGGUUCAGUUUCUGAGUGACUGAGGGACCACUCCCCCAGAAGCCAUGAGACGAAGACCUUGAUUUCCUGCCUUUGAUCCCCAAACUGUUUCCUACAAAGACAUCUUUCUGCUGUUUUCCCUCAUCUGCCGUCAAGAAUCACUGACCCAGAGAAAGUCUUUGUCUUGGACCCUCUCAAACACAGAGCCAGCCUCCUGGCUCCUCUUGGUCCCCCCUUGCCCUCCCUAAACUGUUUUAUGAUUUAGCUUUUAGGAUAACAAUUAGCAUAGAGUUAGAAAAAGCAGUCAGUUUGUGAAAAGGGGCUGAGGCAUUUGUGGCCACGGGUGUCAGCCUCUUGAACAGCUACUGUGUGUACAACCUGAUAGGGCAACCUUUUCCCUUCCUCCUUCAACCAUUACCCUAUCCCUCAAUUAAAACAUUAGUAUUCAAGUCUUAUUUUGGGUUUGGAUUUCCUCUAUAACUGGAAGGGAGGUUGGGUGAUUGGAGGCAAGACUCAAAGCUUGUCUCCUGUCUCUUUCUGGGGCAAACGCAGACUAAGCCUGCCACCCAACUCCAUUGAGGAAGGCAAACAGAAGCCUCCCUCAGAAAUUGGUGGCAAGGGAAGUGUCAUCUCUUCCCCUCAGCUUGUGCUCUCAUUAGUGCUCAAGGGAUAUAGUCUGUUAAAAUAACCCUUGAGAAAGGAGAGAGAAAGUCUCCGUUCUUUCUCUCUAGAGGUAAUCUAACUCCUGCUUCAUUUCACCUCGGGAGGGAGAGAUCUUGCCAUCUUCCCUCCAUUAACAGGAUUCACCUUAACCUCCAUAUCUUCCCUCACCACUUGGUUCACUCAACUGUUUCUCUGGUGAUUGCAUCCUUACAGUGAGACAAACCAUCCAACCCUCUCCAUAAAAAAAGAAGGGAAGCUUUCCCUUCUUUUUUACAAUCAGUACCAUGCAUUGGUUUCAAGGCAGAGGAGCAUCAAGGACUAGACAAUGGGGUUUAAUUGACUUGUCCAGGGUCACACAGCUAGGAAGUGUCUGAGAUCAGAUUUGAACCUUGGCCUGGCUCUCAAUGCUCUGAGCCACCUACCUGCCCCCAGGAAAUCUCAAUUUUGAAAAAGCUUAUACUUUAAGUUCUAGUAAACAUUUUGCUUACUAAUCCCUUUUUCAAAUUAUAGUUUAUAGCAGAUACAAAGUUUCGAAAAGCAAAGCAAAGGAAAAUUAUUACAAAAUUAUAGAAUUAUAUAGGGAAGCUUUAAAAAAUGUUAAUCUAAAGGAUAUAAUAAACAAAAACACAGCUAUGUUGGUAUCUUGCCUAUAGUUCUUCUGGAAGAUGUUAUUCAUCUUGUCCAUUGUGUACUUAUUUGGACUUUAGACCUGAUUGCCAUGGUCAUUGAGAAUAAUAAUUUAGACAAAAUUAUUACUUAUUUUCUUCAAUUAAAAUACCAGAGAUGUCCAUAGAUCUUUGAGAAAGAAAUUUAAAUAUUGGGGGAGAUGCUCAAGUGGACAUCUUGACUAUCUCCAUAUAUCUAUUUAAAAUAGAUAUUUAAUGUUCAGAUUGAGAAUUUUUAAUCUAAAGUUGUCAGCUACAGACUAGAAGGGGGGGAGGGGAAGCAUGUGUUUGAUUAGGAUUUAAAAUUCAGCCAAUAUUUUAAAGUAUGUACUAUGUUUAAGGCACUAUUAAGCACAAGAAUCAAGAAAAUUGAUUUAAAAGUACUGAAUUGUCCUUUUUUGGGCCAUUAUUAUUAAGGUUGUAAAAGUUUGAUGUCUUAUUGCUUUAGAUUAAGUACGAUUAGGAAACACAAUAUUAAUAAUUGUUAAGUGCAAUUUCAGAGAUAGCACAAUGUGAGAUACAUUGAGCCAUGUUAUUAUUUACUUAGGUCUUAAAGUUGUCUGUGAUUAAGAUGAAAAAUGCCUCCAAUAUAUUUCCUCAAACCACUUAAUUUCCCAGACCUCUCCCUUGUCCUUCUGUUCACGAUGGUUUUCCCCAACUGUAUAGGGAUAAAAAUGCUGAGUAGCUCCUAAGUAUUUUAAUUUGGAAAAAUACAGUUGAGCCAAGAAACUACAGUAUUUCAUCAUCUGUAUGGUUCCUAGCAGUGUUGAAGGGAAUAAAAGUAGAGAUAUUUAAUUGAAAUCAUUAAAAACUUGAGCUUUCCCUGACUGCCACUGAUGUGCUUUGUGCUGAAUUAAUAAAUUUUGUAUGCAGUUUUCAUAUCUGUAAAUGGAAAUAGUGACCUUAAAAAUUUGCACAAGAGAUCUUUGGAUGAGAGAUGGAGAGUACUUCUAUUUAAAUCCCAGCUUAAUUAAAUUUAGGGUGUGGUUAAUAAAGUAUUGAAAAAGCUUUU